AGAGUUCAACAGCUUCAUUAUGCUGAGAAAAAACCCUCAACCAUUUUCAUGAACUUUUAUGGAUUAUCUAUUAUUCUGAACAACAUUCCACUGAGGAAACAUUAAAGAAGUUCGAGUUUUUAAAGCAGAAGGAUUUACCAGGAAUGUUUUAUUAUUUUAUUCCUGUUGAACCUUUCACGAUUCAACUACCUCAAAUUCGAACUGAUGUUCUCAAGGAUAACCAUGAUGCUUUCCAAGAUUAACACCUAACACCUUACCUUACAAUGAGAGAGGAUGGAUAGCGCAACCAGCCCCAUGUCAGAAUCUGCUGUUACCAAUGGAUUUGUAAAUAGUGUGUUCAAUGUUUCACUUGACGAAGAGAACAAAACAGAGAUCUCAUGGAUUGCAGAGUCCAGUUCCUCAUACUCCGUUACUCCCUGGCAGGCGGUCAGGAGAGAAAAACAGGAACCAAAUCGGCGGUCCAGGACCACAGGCAUCUGGAGGAUCCUGAAGCGCCACAAGGCCACCCCUGACAUGGAGAGACGACCUCACUCAAUGAUCCUCCCAGGUGAAGCAUCCUUUCUCAAGCUCUCCAUCACAAACAAAGUAAGAUCCUUUAAAAAUCCUUUAAAGUCGCCAUCUGUUUUUAGAGGCAAAACUUGCAAGCCCUCCAGUGUCAAAUUUAGCAGUGAACUGAAAGAUGAUGUGAAUGGCGUGUGCAAAGACUCUCCCUCUUCAGAGCACAAAAACGUGUUUAGAGAUAAAACCAAGAGACACUCAUUUGCAGGACCCAGUGCAGACUUCUAUUGCUCAUUUGAGGACAUAGAUCCAUCUGGAUUUCCAGAGAAUAACCAUCAGGUGCUGAAAGACAAUGUUAGCCACCAAAAUGAGUUUAAAUUUGCAGACAGAGUGACAUAUACAAAGAAAGGUCACUCCAACUUCCCUAACUGCAACAGUUCAUCCAUGACAGAUCAAGAUGAAUGUUACAUUAAGCAAAGCCUCAAGAUACCUCAGAGAAGAAGGUGGUCAAAAGGGGGUGAGGUUUUGAAUUACUUGAGAAAAAUUUCCCUAAAAGGAAGGGGUAGUUCAACUUUGGCAGAGAGUAGUUUUGAAUCUUUGAAUACUUUGGAUAAAACUAUUGAUUCUGAUUAUGGCUCAGUAAAUUUUGAAUUUGUGAAAGAUUCAAACUCGGCACCUGAACAAACAGGACUCGAAGGCAAAAGUAACCAUUUUAGAGGCCUCUACCGAUUUUUUAACACUGUGGCUGAAACUGCCAUGAAAUGGAGAAACUCUUCUCGUUCUUUUUCACCUCCUGAAGGACAACAAUCCCAUUUUGACUCAAGAAAACCUCAACUGUCAGGAGAGGUCGUCCAGAAUACGCCUUUGACAAUCAGGAAUGAGCAAAAAGUUAAUACCUCAUUUAGUGGUAAAUCUGUAUUAUCGAUUGACGUGCACAAUAUGGUCCCACCAGCCAAUGACUUGGUGGUUUACUCCCCUCCUAGGGUGCUGAAAACCUGGAAAAGUGGAAAAUGUCCAAACUUUACAGGUGACAAUAGUUCCCUGUGUAAUGACCCAGAUGGAUCUCAGUCACAAUUGUACUUGACUCCAAUCUCUCUAACUACAUCUGAGAACAACCCAAGAUGUGAAGAACCAAAGCCAGCAAAUGGGAAAGUAUCUAGCUUUGACAGCUCUGCUAUUAUUUUUUCAUCAAACCUCUUAUGUAGCAAAACAGUUAAUGAAGACCAAUAUAUUUGCACUGAUGGAAAGACGCUCCCAAAGUGCCCAGAGGACAUAUUUAAGGCCCUGUCACGUCCGCCUGGCCAGUCGCCUGCAGAGCCGCCGUUUAAAGUUCUUCUUCAACGUUGUUGCUCUCUACCACUUCCGGCCACUCUCUCUGCACUGGAGCCAAUGGACCUAACGCUUACUCCACCAGCUAAACCAAUGACAGGCAUUUUUCGUGUGAGGAACGGCAGCACAGGAUCCAGACGACAAAAGCGUUUCAGACCAGGAUCCGGACCAGUGCCUGUUAACAUGUUGAUCAGCGGAGGUUCAGUUGUCAGUGCAGAGGCAGUAUGGGAUCAUGUAACGAUGGCUGAGAGGGAGUUGGGUUUUAAGGCAGGUGAUGUCAUCAAAGUCCUGGAUGCCUCCAACAAAGACUGGUGGUGGGGCCAAAUCGAUGAUGAAGAAGGUUGGUUUCCAGCCAGCUUUGUAAGGCAAGAUGGUUUCUGGAUAUACUCUGAGUACUGUAACAACCAUCUUGAUGCUUGCAUGGAACUCUCAAGAUUAAUGAAGGAUGGGCGGUAUCAGCACUUUUUUGAGGCCUGUCGACUCCUGCAGCAGAUGAUUGACAUUGCCAUUGAUGGCUUCCUGCUCACUCCUGUUCAGAAGAUCUGCAAAUAUCCACUACAGCUAGCGGAAUUACUGAAGUACACAGCACAGGAACAUAGUGAUUAUCGCUAUGUGGCAGCAGCACUGGCUGUCAUGAGGAACGUCACCCAGCAAAUCAAUGAGCGCAAAAGAAGGCUUGAGAACAUUCACAAGAUCGCUCAGUGGCAGGCCUCAGUCCUGGAAUGGGAGGGUGAUGAUAUUCUGGACAGAAGCUCAGAGCUGAUCUACACAGGUGAGAUGUCUUGGAUCUAUCAGCCUUAUGGAAGGAGUCAGCAACGAGUAUUCUUCCUUUUUGAUCACCAGCUGGUGUUGUGCAAAAAGGACCUAAUAAGACGGGACAUACUUUACUACAAAGGUCGCAUUGAAAUGGACAAGUAUGAGGUUAUAGAUGCUAUCGACGGACGAGACGAUGACUUUAACGUCAGCGUGAAACACGCAUUCAAGCUUCAUAACAAAGACACUGGUGAGAUCCACAUCUUUCUGGCCAAGAAGUUAGAGGAAAAGAUUCGCUGGCUGAAGGCUUUUCAUGAAGAGCGCAAGAUGGUGCAAGAGGACAAAAAAAUCGGUUUUGAAAUUUCUGAAUAUCAGAAACGACAAGCUGCUAUGACAGUCCGUAAAGUGACCAAACACAAAGGUGUAAGCCAGAGCAGAUGUGUGUUUCAAACAUGCCCAUCACCAUCCCUGGAUCUCAUGACACAUGGACACGUCAUGACAUCUGAUGACACACCCCAAGAAGAUAUAUUUGAAUUUCAGCUCUCCAAACCAGGACAGUCUCCAUUUCGGUUAAACUUUAGUAAGUUAACAUCCUUAAAAAAAUUGUAAAAAAUGGUUUGUUUAGCUGUGUUUUCAUCAAUAAGAAAUGACUGACAAUCAUGAUUCAGAUGUUCUUCAGCCCUGUUAAUAACUUAAGCUAUUCAAGACAAUCUAUCCAGACAUUCAUAUGUAUACUUGAUCAUUCUCCAUUGCUGUAUUUUAUCCUUUUACUUCUGGGAUACCAAUAUUGAGUUUUGAAGCUAAAGUGAUGAAUAUCUCAGCCGAAUGCUAGAAAAACCAUCAUGGCCAUCGGUUUAAUGUUUAUUGGUAAUUGUUUUGUUGACAGCAUGGUUCUUGAUGAUCAAAAAAUAUUUAUAUGAUGAUGUUCAUGUGUUACUUUACCAAACAUAUGCUGUACUGUCUGCUGUACCAGGUAAGCAGGGCAAGGAAUGUAAGCUUACCAAAUCUUCUGAACAGGGUAUUCAUAUUGAUUGUGAUGAAUUUGUCAAACUGGGGACAAUAUGAGUGCUGACAUAAUAAAUUCUUUAAAAUUCACAUUAUUCCUGCACUUAAAAAAUCACACAUGUUGUUUGAGGUUGCCUGAAUUAGUUUUUAAAUAUAUAUGUUUUGUAUGUCUGUUAAAGGUAAAAUAAAUGUUUGAAUUUGCUUCCUACUGGUUUUAUUUUCUUGUACAAAGUACCAGGGGCGUUGCUAGGGUCAGAUGGGAUGGGGGGCUUAGCCCCCUGAAAACAUAACCCCAAAAACACAGCAAUUAAUUGUUGUUAUUAUUAUUAUGAUUGUAAUGUGAACAUAACAUAAAAUAAAAUGUUCACUCACA